AGUACUCUGUGCUCCAACUUUUUAUUGAAGCAAGACCCCUCGAGUCAGCGAGGCAUGCACCUUACUUUUUUCUCGCCGAGCUCCUGGAAAUCAUGCUCGCAAAGUGCGAAAACAUCGGGGAUGCUGUGAAGUCUUUCAUUGCCGGUUUGUGGAUCGCUUUAAGCGUCUGUUCGGUGUGUGUUCGCGGCCAGGAGGGUAAUGGCUGUGGACAUACGCUGCUGGCACCAGAGACGGGCACCGUAGCCUCCCAGAACUAUCCGGGUACCUACCCCAGUAACACCUGGUGUAAGUGGAGGCUUCGUGUACCACAGGGGCGCACGCUGCGACUGCUCUUUGGAGAUUUUGACGUUGAGAGCAGUCCAGGCUGCAGCAAUGGCUCUGUGAUAAUCACAGACAAAAACGGAGAGCACAGCCUGGGUCCUCUGUGCGGGAAGCUUGAUGCAGCCGGGAAGAAUGUGACAUUUAAUAGCAAUGAAGUAACAAUAAUGUUCAAGUCGGGCCCACAUCGCUCUGGACGAGGGUUUCUGCUCUCUUAUGCCACAGAUCAGCAGCCAGAUCUCAUUUCAUGUUUACAACGGGGAUCUCAUUUUAGCUCGCAGCAUUUAAGCGUGUAUUGCCCUGCAGGAUGCAAGAAGGUCACAGGGGACGUGUGGGGGAACUCUGAGCAUGGUUACAGAGAUACUUCGGUGCUGUGCAAGUCUGCAGUCCAUGCGGGAGCUACAUCUGACAGUCUGGGAGGCCAUAUCACUGUGAAUCGUGGGAGAAGCCUUACACUGUAUGAAUCCACCUUUGCCAAUGGAGUCCUUUCAAAAAUGGGAUCACUUUCUGAAAAGAAGCUGCUUUUCAUCCAAGAGUGUAACAACAACUUGGCUGUUUCUGCUUUAAACGCCUCAUCUUUUGCUGAUAAAAACAGUCAAGAGCAGACAAAGUCAAGGAACGCCAGAAAUAAUGAUUUCAGCCAUAACUUCCUGCUCUGGACAGCAGACAGUAGUGAUCAGAGCCCGUGGGUGGAGAUGGAGCUGAGCGAUAGAAGCAACAUCACAGGAAUAGUAACAGCGGGAUCAGAUGAGUACUACAUGGAAUCCUACAUCCUUUUAUUUAGUAAGGAUAGAAAGAACUGGAAGCUUUACAAAGAUGCUGCAAGCAAAGAAAGAAAGGUGUUUCCGGCCUACGCCGAUGGACACCUCAGAGUGCUCAAUAGCUUGUUUCCUCCUGUGGUGGCUCGAUUUGUCCGCCUCCAGCCGCUGAGUUGGCACGGGAGGGCUUCAGCUCAGAUUCAGGUCCUGGGCUGUCCUGUUAGUAAGGCCACACCGAGGUCUUCCCGUCCACCAGGCGGUGACUCUCCGUCCAUCAAAGUUAACUCGGGUCCACUGCUCCCAAGCCCCACUCCCACCACCACUGAGUGCACCGUGUUAGUUGAAACAAAACAGACCUCCAGUCAGCCAGUAAUAGUGGCAGUGGGCGUGGCCCUCGGCCUGAUGAUAUGUGGCAGUUGUGUGUUGGCUGGAUUCUGGUUGAAGCGAAGGAAAAAAGAUUCACAAAUGAAGUACUCCUACUCUGUCCCCACAAGUUCUCAGAGUUUGAAGGAAAAGAGUUUUCCCGGCUCACAGUCGUACCCUCUGGUUCGAAACGUCCACGAUGCACUACCAAACCCUCCUCUUAAUGACUAUGCUGAGCCAGCUCUUACACCUAUUGGACAUAAAGUUGGCUCAACGUUUAAACCUUCCUCAGAAGAGUGUUAUACUGCCCCCUUCACCUGCAGCCAUUAUGACACUCCUGGCUGCCUGCCCGAGUAUGCAGAGCCACUUCCUCCAGAGCCUGAGUAUGCCACUCCGUUCUCAGAUCAGCCCUCUGACUCCAGCAUUAUUCCUGCACCGACAUCCAGCCACAGUCAGUAUGACUGCCCCUCACACAGGGUGCUCUUCAAUGGCUACUGCACUCCCGCGCUACAUGCCAAUGGACCAAGACCAGUCAGUGCUGUCUAUGCAGAACCCAAGUCUUGUGAUUCUUUACAACAGAAACACACAUACGAAGAUCCUUUGUGAGCACCGCAAACUUAGACUCAGGAAAAGGCUCUUUGGAGUUGAAAUGUGUGUUGGCACCAGAGCAACACUUGGAGUGGUCUGAAGUUGAACAGUGAGCUGGACAGUGCUGUUCAGAAUGCACUAACUGGACCUCCCGUGAGUGAUGUACCCAAGGAAGUCACUAUGCAUAUGAGGGUAUUCAGACUAAACACUGAGAGCCACAUGGAGGCAGAUAUUUCCAUCAAGGAAGUACGGGAUAGGUUUUUUUUUUUU